AUGCUGUGGCUAGUGGCAUUCCUGCUUCUGCUGCCUCAAAGGACAUGCAAAAAAGAUACUAGGAAGUGCCCUGAAAGUGACCCUUUCCCUAUACCACAUGAAUGGUACCAGCCAGGUGGCCUCCUCGUUGGUGGAAUUGCUUCCCAGAUCAUUUACUAUCGUGAUGAAGUUCUCUUCCAGGACCACCCUUCUCGGAAGCUGUUUGAGGUUUCAGAUUUGGUGACCAAGUUCUACCAGCACGUCCUGGCCUUGGCAUACAGCGUCAGUGAGAUCAACAAAAAUCAGAAGAUCUUGCCCAAUAUCACCCUUGGAUUCCACAUCCAUGACAGCUACUCCAAACCAAGGAUGACCUACCGUACUACUCUGGACCUGCUCUUCAAAUCACACACAUUUGUCCCCAACUACAAAUGUGACACCGAGAAAAGUCUCAUAGCCAUCAUUGGGGGACUUGGCUCUGAUACCUCCUUCCGUAUGGCAGAAACCUUAGCUCUCUACAAGAUUCCACAGCUCCAUCUGUUUCUUCAAGGCAUUUCAUUUAACAACUCAGCUGGAGAAAUGGUGUCCUUCAAGGGUAAAAGAGAAGUGGGAGGUGGAUUUGAUAUAAUGAACAUGAUCACAUUCCCGAACAAGUCCUUCCAGCGAGUGAAAAUCGGAAGAGUGGAGGAUCCAAAUGCUCUUGAAGGAAGUGGAUUCAUUCUUAAUGAAGAUAUAAUUGUGUGGCACAGAGGUUUUAACCAGGUGCAACCUGUUUCUGUAUGUAAUGAGCACUGCCACCCUGGCUAUCAGAAGAAAAAGAAGGAAGGGAGGAAAUUUUGCUGUUAUGACUGUGCUCCAUGCCCAGAAGGGAAGAUUUCAAAACAGAGUGAUAUGGAUGAUUGUUUCAAGUGCCAAGAAGAUCAGCACCCAAAUGAUGGCAGAGAUGGAUGCAUCCCCAAAACUAGAAACUUCCUUUCUUAUGAAGAACCUUUAGGGAUUGGUUUAGCCACACUUGCCAUAGCUUUUUCCCUAAUCACAGCUUUGGUACUCGGAAUCUUUAUUAAGCACAAAGAUACCCCUAUUGUCAAAGCCAACAACCGGGAACUCACCUAUAUUCUCCUCAUCUCCCUCCUGCUUUGCUUCCUCUCUUCCUUGCUCUUCCUAGGCCAGCCUGGGAAAGUGACCUGCCUUCUCCAACAGUCCACUUUCGGCAUCAUCUUCUCAGUGGCUGUUUCUUGUGUGUUGGCAAAAACCAUUAUUGUAGUUAUAGCUUUCAUAGCCACAAAGCCAGGAUCUAGGUUGACAAAAUGGGUGGGUAAAAAACUGGCCCAGUCCAUUGUCCUUUCAUGUUCCCUUAUUCAAGCAAGUAUUUGUGUUGUGUGGUUGGUAAUUUCUUCCCCAUUCCCUGAUUUGGACAUGCAUUCAAUAACUGGAGAGAUCAUUGUGAAAUGUAAUGAAGGAUCAGUUACCAUAUUUUACUGUGUCCUGGGCUACAUGGGCCUCCUGGCCAUCAUCAGUUUCAUUGUGGCAUUUCUAGCCCGGAAGUUACCAGAUAGUUUUAAUGAAGCCAAAUUUAUUACCUUCAGCAUGUUAGCAUUUUGCAGUGUAUGGAUCUCCUUUGUUCCAACCUACCUGAGUUCAAGAGGAAAGGACAUGGUAGCUGUGGAGAUCUUUUCCAUCUUGGCCUCCAGUGCUGGGUUACUGGGUUGCAUCUUUGCCCCUAAAUUCUACAUCAUUGUGUUCAGACCUGAGCUAAACAACAGAGAACAGCUGGUAAGGAGAAAGAAUUAA